GAUGUACGAAUCAUCAAAACAACAUGGCGACUACAGAGCUGUCGUUUCUCUCCCAGGUCUUCCUCUCGUUAUGCAUAACGUAUGUGUGUAUUGCCACACAUGUCCAUAGGUUCGAGGUUGAUCUUAGACAUCUAACGCAGUCCGUGGAAUAUAAGAAGGCCAUCAGGAGCAGACGAGACCUUGCAGAUGCCGCGUGCCAAAGACAGGAGUCUAGCUUUUUGCAGGAAGUCAAUUCAGGAAAAGUUAAAUUAGAACAGAAGCAUUCGUUUGGAAACGAGUCUUACUACAGCCUAGCCUUAGCCUGGUGUGGAAACAAUGGGGAUUUACUGGUAGUAAUAACUCAAGAGGGUAAUGGCAUCGUUAGUCCAUCCAAGAUAUUUCAAAGCUCUAACUAUGGUGCUAAGUUUGAUGAGGUGACCAACAGGUUAGAAGGUGUUCCUAGGAUUUUACGACAUAACGGGGUGUUUAGAAACCCUCACAAUACCAGGAAGGUGUAUUUAGUGGAUGUGGGUGACAAGUAUGGCUCCUCCCUCUAUGUCACAGAGGAUGGGGGGGACACAUUUUUUAAAUCUGCGCUUCCUUUCCAACUGACGGGAGACAUUACGUUUUAUCCAAGGAAAGAGCACGAAGACUACCUAUUAGCUUCUUCAGCCAUACUUAGUACAAAGGCACAACAACAGAUCAGCGGGGAUCACCUAAUGACUCUGUAUGCCAGCUUUAACAGUGGCAGAACAUGGAAGAAGGUGGAUUCCUAUAUACAGAACUAUAAAUGGGGCACAGAAGAAGAUGAUCCACAGACAGUCUACGCCACGAAAGACCUCGAGAAGACCCAACCCUUCCUUGAUUCCUUUGUCUCGGUGCAUUAUGUUCUCCAGAAAUAUGUCUAUAAAAAGGACGGGUCAUUAGUUAAACAGACCAAGAUUCUGGAACAUGUUGUGUCGUUUGGUCAUCAGGGCAAGUUCCUCUACGCCUCAGUGUACUCGGAGCAAGUGAGAGGAAAUCGUUUGAUGAAGAUUUCAGCCGAUCUUGGUAAAUCUUGGAAUACAGCCCAGCUACCAACGAUCACUGGAGAUAGGUUUUACUCGGUGCUUGAUACGAAUGAGAAGAUGGUGUUUAUGCAUGUGGAUAAUCCGGGAGAUACCGGUCACGGCACACUCUACACGUCCGGCGUGCGGGGGCUCGUGUACUCAGAGUCUCUCCAGAAACACCUGUACCCUAACUACGGGGAGGUGACCGACUUCUACCGGGUCGAGUCUAUGCAAGGCGUCUACAUCACGAGUCAGAUGUCCGAGGACGACAGCAUUCAUAGCAUGAUAACCUACAACCGGGGCGCCACGUGGCAGCCUCUUCCGCGACCCCAGGGUGCCAUGUGUAAGGACGAGAAAAAGCCCUGUCAUCUACAAAUCCAUGGUGCCUACAGUAUACAGAUGGGCGUGUCCGCCAGCCUUCCCCUCAGCUCCAAGUCUGCUCCAGGGAUAGUCCUCGUCCAUGGUCACGUGGCGGACUCUCUACAGAUAACACCGCCUGAUGUGUACGUCACCAGUGAUGGAGGAUACAGCUGGGCAAAGGCACUAGACGGUCCCCACAUGUACCAGAUAGCUGACAGUGGGGCUCUAUUAGUGGCCAUCUCUACGUCCGACCCCCAGCCGACGGUCAUUAAGUUCUCUGUGGAUGAGGGGCGAUGCUGGCACGAGUACAAAUUUAUACAGAACGCCUCAGAGGCCAUCAUAUUGACCGGUCUACUCACCGAGCCCGAGAACAGAGCCAUUGUGGUCAUGGUGUGGGGGUACCACCCCACAAAGAAGACCUGGACCGUGUUUGCCAUAGACUUUGCUAAGGCCAUUCCAAGGAUAUGUCAGUAUGGCCAAAAAGAAUUAAUGAUUUGUUUCUCAGGCACCGCUGCAUCAGUAAAAUUAUUGCCGAAUCAAAUUUUUUUAUCGUUAUUUUCCGGAUUUUUAAUAUCUUAUCAUUAUCGGUUUUUUCUAUUAUAAAAUCAGUGUAAACAAACACUCAGAAUAAAGGCUGGUCUCUGUCAGUGCAUCGUCGAAACCCAUGGGUUUUCUAUCCGUUACACUGCUUUCAACCCGUGGGGGCAUACUCCAAAGACGCUCAUAUCUAAAAAUUAUUCAUGAGAAAAUAAACGAAAUUCAUUGGUCCCGGUGAGCUCUGCUCGGAGUGACUAGCCAAUCAGAAAACUCAUAAGAUACGGCAUUUGCAUCGACUGUAACCAUGGCUGCUGCAGAGAGCAUUUUGAACUUAGAAGAACUGAAAGACUUUCAGAAGGCCGCGAUAGAGCAUCUUAUAAAAUGUAUUCAAUGAUGUUUUCCUGAGUGUACGAACUGGCGCAGGAAAAUCCCUCUGUUAUUAGGCAUUUAAUCCGAUGUUUUAGAAGGAAAACCCACAUUGUUUGUGCACCGUCCUCGUAGUAUGUCCGUUAAUCAGCAUAAUGAAAAAGCAGACAGAUUAUUUAAGCGAGCUUGGAUUUUCGGCUACUUAUAUUGGCAAAGGUGGAAAAGAAAGUGAUUCUAUAAAAAGGGGAGAGUACAACUUUUUAUUUUCAUCACCAGAGGCUGUUGUUGGGAAUCCCGAAUGGAGAGCGAUGUUUCUUGGUCCUGCAGGAGAGCGUGUACGGCUACUAGUCACUGACGAGGCACACACAGUUCUCCACUGGGGAGAAAGUGAUGAUUAUGAUGAGCCAUUCAGACAGUGGUAUGGCAAGCUGGGCGAGCUACCUUCUUUAAUUGAGCGUCCAAUUCUUCUUUUGACAGCUACUGCCAACAGAAAUUGCAACAGAAAUUCUGCAUGAAGAAUUGCCAUGAAAUUAUAGACAAUCCAGAGAGUGAAAACAUCAAAUUUUUUCUUAAAAAGAUUAAGAGAACUACUUUACAGGAUGAAACAUUUUUUUUUCUUAUUAAGUUACUUAGAGAUAAGAAAGAAUUGUGUCCAAGGUUUAUUAUAUUUUGUACUUCUAUUAAUGCUUGUAGACAGUUAGUUACUACAUUAAGACUUAAUUUAAUGGAAGAAAUAAGACAUGUUCAAAUGUAUCAUUCUAAAACCCCAGAAUUAAUUUUAGAGGAUAUCAAACUAGAUUUAGAGAAUCCAAAUGGUGAUAUAAGAGUUUAGUAGCUACAAGUGCUGUUGGCAUGGGUGUUAAUUUUAAAGGUGUUUAUCAUGUUAUAGAAACAGCCAGAUUGAAAUCUACACGCCCCGUUUAUUGAUUGGUCGAAAUCUACAGCGGCUGAAACUGACAUUAAAGUGACAGGACCAAACUUGACACGCCCAGUUUAUCGAUUGGUCGAGACCUACAACUACCUAGGAAAAAUCAUGGACUGCACAAAAUAAUCAUGACGACGUCAGACUCAGUCUCACAGGAGACGAUUUGGCUGUUUCUUUUAGUUAACGUACUUACGUACAUUAACAGUGAUUUAGUGAAUUUUACUUACUUUUCAUAAUCAAUUUAUCAAUUGGCUAAAAGAAAGAUGUUAAUAUAAACAAUAAAAUGCUUUCUUUGACGAUUCAUUCGGGUAAUGAAGGUAGCGAUCAUUGCAGGAAAAAUUUACAUAACCCGCUAACGCUGGUUAUGUAUUUUUCCUGCAAUGUCGCUACCUUCAUAUCCCGAAUGAAUCACACAAAACAUUUUAUUGUUUAAAUAAAUUAUGGACCCCCAAAGGACAUGGAUGCUUUAGUACAGCAGUUUGGAAGAGCAGGGCGGGAUAGUAAAACUUCAAUGGCUUUACUUUUGUUCAAUGCAAGACAGUGUUAGAAAUUAGAUAGUGUUAUGAAGAAUUAUAUUACCAAUACCGAUAAAUGAAGAAGAGAGUGUCUAUUGAAUGCUUAUAAUUCUGAACCGUCCCCAUGUGUUAAACAUUUAUGUUGUGAUAUAUGUGAUAGGUUGUGCAAUUGUAACAAUAAUUGUUUAGAUUUUCAGCACCCUUAUUUUGAAUUUGUUGUGUCAGAUGUUUCUACGUCUUCUGAUGAGUCCGAUUGUUUUGAUUUUGAGGACUUAACAAUUUAAUAUAUACAUGUAUACAGUAAAACAUGCUUAUAGCGUAAUACUAGUUCUGUAAAAACAUAAUUUGUGUAACCAUCAGAUUUAUAUUUAUAUAAUAGUGUUGUGUUGUGCAUGUACUAUGCCUAAAUAGUAGUCAUGGUUUGAUACAUAGUGCACGAGCCGGAGGCGAGUGCACUAUGUAUCAAACCCUAACUACUAUUUAGGCAUAGUACAUGCACAACACAACACUAUUGUUAUUAUUAUGCCGACUGUUGAAUAUACUGACGUGCUUUGCUACAAGUAGCUGUGACGUUUGAGGGUUGACAAGUCCCAAAAAAUAUUCACCGGAAAAGCAAGCGUUUGUUGUUGUUUUUUGUCUUCAAAUUAAUCAAUUGAUUUGAUUGUUUAUUUAAUCACCAAGUUGUUGUACAAUAAAAAGUCAACAGAU